AUGUUCAACUCCCGUUCCUUUAGAGGUAACAGGAACUAUAUCUCCCUAUACAACUCCCAUCUACUGGAAGUAUUCAACUAUCCCCAGGAUACCUUCAAAGAAAGCAAAGUCAGUAAUGACGUGCUAUACCAGCAUCAAAUAGGAUACCCUCGAUUCCCAGGUAGUAGAUGGACCAGUGAAGAGAAAAGCAUGUUCUUCCAUUAUCUAGCACGAUAUUCCAUCCAUAGAUUAGACCUCAUCCUGGAGAAUAUCCCCACCAAGUCCAGUCUAGAGAUCCUACAAUACUAUCAUGUCCUCAACAGAGCACUUAACAAAUAUAAGAAGGUGAAGAAGACCCAUGUUAGAGGGAAGAAAUUCUACUACAAGCAUGUCAGUACCAAGCUCCUACCGUACCACGACCUCCCCAUUGCCUAUGAGAUGUCAGAAGAAUGGAUCAAGGCCGAAGAAGUCCAGAGUUGGAUGGCUACAAAGAAAGAGAAAAUAGUAGUACGCGAUGAAACGGCGAAAUUCCCCGCUGUAGAAUCAGACCUAAUUGAUAUGGAAAUGUUCGAAAAAUGGAACGCUUUGACCAAGCAAUAUGGCGGAGAGAGUGCUAAAGUUGAUUAUAAGAGUGUUAAGUUUUACGAGAAACUUAUCCAUUUGAUAACAAGGGAGAUGAUGAUUUAUUUCCUCAUCAGAGGAACCCAGAAAUUCAAUAAACUUGACUUCACUAGGGCCAUCAACACUGUUAAAGGUUUGACAGAGCGAUAUGAACCGUUGGUGUUUGCCCCCAAGAAGACGGUGACCUCUAUUGAUGAUUUACCGAAAUUGAGUAAAGUUGUUGAGGAUGAACACAUUGAAGAGCAACUCUUCGAAAGGGAGACCCAGGAGAUUGACGAAAAGGAUAUGUGGGAGUCAAGGGGCCAUGAACAUAUUCUUUUGACGUUCAUGACCACGGCGAAUUAUGAAGCAGUGAAGCAUCUGAUGUAUACGGAUGUGGAAUUAGUGGAGCAGGGAGUAUUACCAGUGAGUGUGUUGCCAGGGGGUGUGUUGCCUGAGGAGCAAGUGUCCGAGCAGGGAGUGUCGCCUGGGGGAGUGUUGCCUGGGCAGGUGGCGAACCUGGUUCCGUUAGACUCUGAGACAACCAAUGAAGCAGAGUUGAUUUCCUAUGAAGCAUUGCUGGCAGCAGAAAGACAGAAAGAUGCAGCUGGUGAAUUUAUGCAAGAGACUGCGGACGUUCAAGGCCGGGAAGAAGGUCCAGAAUCGCAGACGGAAGCUCAGGUUCCAGAGACCCAAGCUCCAGAGACCCAAGCUCCAAAAGCCCAAGCUACAGGGGCCCAGACUCUAGAAUCACACACUCCACAAUCACAAGCUCCACAAUCACUGACAGAAACUCAAACACCAACUCCAGAACCAGACGUUACGGAAACCCGGGAGUUUGAUCAUCCAUCAAACAUGGACAUCGACCUAAACAUCGACCUGAAUAACCCCGACGACCAAACUCACCUGGACCUGGACCUGGAUUUCCAAGAAUUCGAUCACGGAAUGUUGAAACUCCUCAACAACUUCCACUACACUUACGCCCAUUACUAA